CGGGGUGACUCUGGGUAAGGAUCAGACUCUUUCUCAACCAUGCUUGCCCUGACUCCAGUCCUGGUAGCAGUUGUCUGCAUUUUGAUUCUAUGGAUAUUUAAAGCUGCUGAUAGAAGCUCAGAGACCAAGAAAAGGGAGCCCCAAACUCAGCCCUGGGAGGAUGAAGACUUGAAAGAUAGCACUGACCUCCACCCAGUGGAAGAAGAUGCUGAGGAGCAGCAGGAGUCAGAGGAACAUGUUGAGCACAUCCCGUUCUCCCACACCCGCUAUCCCGAGGAGGAAAUGGUUAAGAGAGCGCAGGAAUUUUAUGAACUUCUCAGUAAGAGACGGUCGGUCAGGUCCAUCAGUAGUGAGCCUGUCCCAAUGGAAGUCAUUGACAUUGUCAUCAAAACAGCAGGAACAGCCCCCAGCGGGGCCCACACAGAGCCCUGGACCUUUGUGGUGGUGAAGGACCCAGACAGGAAGCACCAGAUCCGGGAGAUCAUCGAGGAGGAGGAGGAAAUAAACUACAUGAGGAGAAUGGGACCCCGCUGGGUUACGGACGUGAAGAAACUGAGAACCAAUUGGAUUAAAGAGUACUUGGACAAGGCCCCUGUUUUGAUUCUCAUUUUCAAGCAAGUACAUGGUUUUGCUGCAAAUGGCAAGAAAAAGACCCAUUACUACCAUGAGAUCAGUGUGGCCAUCGCGUGCGGCAUCCUGCUCGCGGCGCUGCAGAAUGCAGGGCUCGUGACGGUUACUACCACUCCUCUCAACUGUGGCCCUCGUCUGCGGGAGCUCCUGGGCCGCCCCCCACAUGAAAAGCUGCUGAUGCUGCUGCCCGUGGGAUACCCCAGCAAAGAGGCCACGGUGCCUGACCUCAGACGGAAGACUCUGGGUGAGAUCAUGGUGAAGGUGUAGGCAGGAGCCUGCCCUGGAGACCGCAGACGGCGCUCGGACGACAUCUGCAUCUGCGCUGGCUGCUCACUUGCUCCCUGUGCAAGUCUGUUCUGCCGGGACUCACGGGGAAGGCCACCUGACGUCUAGACCUCUUUCCUAUCUUCUAGCACUUUGCGUCCUAUGAGCCCUGUUCAGGGACUUGUGGAGUGAGAGACGAGCGAGCAGGCACGCUUCAAUUUCUCUCUUUUUUCUUUCUUUUUGUUAAUUUAGGAAUUUUUACUGUUCGAGAUACUUUAUAUUUUUAAAAUUUUAGUGGUACAUUUCAGGUAUACAUAAUGACAACAUUCCUCAUAGGAAAUUUGUGCCUGCACGUGGUCUAUCUUGCUGUCUCUUUUCACCUACCCUCCUUCCCUCCCUUCAACCCCUUUCCUUCCUUGUUUACGAAAGCUUGGUUUCCAGUUUUACUUCUGCUCUUUCUUUCCCUGUUCCUUUCUUCGCCUUCCCUCCUCCCUUGUUCCCCUUCCCAUCUCAACAUUCUGUUCCCAUUCCCCAAUAUCUAUAAUACAUUUUGGUCCUUAUUUACAGUUAUUUCUCACACCAGAAAAAAAUGAAGUAAUUA